UUAAUAGUAACACAUGCAACGCUACCUGCACCACUCACAGAGAAGAGCACUUAUCAAUAGUAAAGAGUAAGAAAUCAUCAGAAAAUGGCAGUCGGGCAUUUUGUUCUUAUUCAUACCAUAUGCCAUGGUGCAUGGAUUUGGCACAAGCUCAAACCCGUCCUUGAGGCAGCUGGCCACAAGGUCACUGCACUGGACCUUGCAGCCAGCGGCAUUGACCCAAGGCAAAUUGAGGAGAUUGGCUCAUUUGAUGAGUAUUCUGAACCCUUGUUGACGUUCAUGGAGUCACUCCCUAAAGGGGAAAAGGUGAUUCUUGUUGGCGAGAGCUGUGGAGGACUCAAUAUUGCUAUUGCUGCUGAAAAAUACCGUGAAAAGAUUGCAGCUGCUGUUUUCCACAAUUCAGUAAUGCCAGACACCGAUCACAGCCCAUCCUAUGUCGUGGAUAAGCUUAUGGAGGUGUUUCCCGACUGGAGAGACACCACGUAUUUUACGUUUACUAACAAUGGCGAGGAGAUAACUGGAUUGAAACUGGGCUUCACUCUUCUGAGGGAGAAUUUAUACACCAAAUGCCCUCCUGAGGAAUAUGAAUUGGCCAAGAUGUUGACAAGGAAAGGAUCAUUAUUUCAAAAUGUUUUAGCUAAGCGACCAUUUUUCACUAAGGAAGGUUAUGGGUCGAUUAAGAGAAUUUAUGUGUGGACCGACCAAGAUAAAAUAUUUUUACCUGAAUUUCAACUCUGGCAAAUAGCAAACUAUAAACCACACAAGAUUUACAAGGUCGAAGGUGGAGAUCAUAAGCUGCAACUUACAAAGACUAAUGAGAUUGCUCAGAUUCUCCAAGAGGUGGCUGAUAACUAUGCUUGACUUUGAAGCUUUUAGCUGCAAUUAUGAAUUAAUAAUCUCACAUUUUCAUGUGGGAAUUAAGUUGUGCUAAAAUAAAGUUGUUUUAUUGUGUUGUAAUGUUUUUUUUUUCAUUUGAAAUGGGAGGAUCUUGCGAGCAUUCAAGACUAUUUAUUUAUAUGAUGUGAGUGUGUAUUUAAGGGAAAGCUACCCCUAUCGUGUAGCUUAAUGUGCUUUUCUUUAUAUCAAAUAAAUAAACUUAUUAAAUAUUCGCUAGCAA